AUGAUUAUAAAUAAAUUUUUUGCUGCAUUUUCGCAACUCAUUAGCAAGACUUCUCAAGUGGCUAAGUAACCUUUAGUAAAAUAAAAUUUAAUUCAAUCUGAACCAAUGAGAUUAAGUAAAUACUUGGCUUAAACAAGCGUGUGCUCUAGAAGAGAAGCAGAAAAAAUGAUUUAAUCUGGAAUGAUACUUGUUGAUGGAAAAAAAGUUGAAAGUAAUAUACCAGUUACAUCUGAAAAUAAAAUAUAAGUAUUUACUAAAAAUGGAGAGAGAAUGCCUGUAAAGCAAUCAACAGUAAUCAGAAUUUAUUAUUAAAGAAAGUAUGGAUUUUUUACAAACCUGUUGGUAUGAUAUGCUCUCAUAAUGAUCCAUUUAAAAGACCCUCAUUUUAUGAUUUUGCAAAACUUAGAUUAAAAACAGAUCAACAUGUAAUUUCAGUAGGAAGAUUAGAUUUUAAUUCUGAAGGUUUAAUUGUAGUUACAAAUGAUGGAGAAUUAGCUAGAUGUAUGGAACUACCUGAAACAAAAUUAUAACGUACAUAUAGAGUAAGAGUUUAUGGUACUUUUACAGAAGAAAAGUUAAAAAAAAUAAGAAAUGGUGUUACUAUAGCUGGUGUAAAUUAUGGUCCAUAUUGGAUUAAUGUUGAAAACAGGUAAGAAAUCUAUUUAAAUUUAGAUAGUCAAGAAAUACUUGGCUUAUUAUGAGAUUAGAAUCAGGAAAAAAUAGAGAAAUUAGAAAGGUUAUGUAGAAAUUUGAUUUGAGAGUAAAUAGAUUAAUAAGACAGAGUUAUGGUCCAUAUAAACUUAUGGGUUUAAAGCCAGGAGAUUUUUAUGAAGCUUAAAUUGAACCUGAAAUUAAGAGAAAACUCUAUCUACACACCAGAAAAAAAUUAUAAAAUGUAUAAGAGUAAAUAUAAUUGGAAUAAACUAAACUUAAUAUUAAAACAUUAGAUGAUUAAAGCAAGAAUGAUAAGUUGAUAGAAAAAUAAAAUAACGAUUUAAGUGAGAAAAAGAACAUCAAUACAAAUCCACCUAAGUAAAUUCACUCAAAAAUAAAUUGA